CGGGGUUCAGCCAACCCAGCCGAAGCCAAUCUAUGAUUAGUUCUCGUCCCAGUCUGCAUCUCGAGAUGCUGAUCGAGCGGCGACCGUAUUCACGGAGUUGUCAUACCUUCGCGGUCUAUUGUACUUGAGUCAAUUGAGCUGGGACGAUGACGCCAAGACGGGCCCCGAGUCUCGCGCGUCGAUCCGACAAUUUCAUUCACGACUUCUUGUUCACCCUGCUUCUGUCAAAACAACACGCGUGCCAUCCAUUUACUAUCACUAGAAAUUGCAUAGGCAUGACGCUUGCAUGAUACUAUCGCUGUUGUAAAAAUUGCUGCUCGACGUCUGCAAACAGGGAAUAGUCUUCUUGACAUGGCUUUCACGCAGGUGAAUGGCCACCAGCCCGUUGUCGCAGAGCAACACGUGCAAGCUGCAUUCUACAACCAGUGGCUACAGUUGAGGGACAGUGUUCUAGCAGACAAGCACCCGCGAUUCAAGCUGCCAGCUGCUGUAAGACAGCGGCUUCAGCCUCCUGUCGAAUCGCCAUCUGCACCUAACUACUCGUCGGCUUCACAGCUACCUGGCCUUUCCAAUGGGUCGAGCAGAGAACAGUCAAUGCUUAGACCAGCCCAAGGUGCUGCCGCUACUUGCCUGGGAAACGCGCAAGCCUUCUCCCAGAACACUACGACGGCAGUAGGAACUAUCGCACCCAGGAGUGGCAUCGAUCCAGUGCUAUUGACGAAGUCGGACGACUUGAUAAGAGCAGAGAUCCAGCUGAAGAGACAACGCAUUGAGCGGCAGCUCAAGGAUGCGGCAGAUCAGCGCAAGCACACAGCACACUUCAAGUACCAGGAAGAGAUGGCACCUCUUGCCGAUCUUACCGAAACGUUUGAGAAAGCGCUUGAAUUGGUCAAACCCUUGUCAGGUCUCAAAGUCCCUGCUAACGCUCGAGCUGCAGCGAGUGAUUCAUUCGACGAGAAUUCGUACUACUCUAGUCAGGCGAAUGAUUGGUCGUCACAAGAAGGUUCACCGGAGAAAGCAGAAGCUUCGUCUGCCUCACAACAAGCGACAGGUCUGGCAAGUAGCGUUCCUCUCUCCCAGAAGUAUCCUGCCGCGAUUGAACGUCAUGACAAGCAGCAUCAUCCCUCUGUACAGGCUUUUGACCAGCACGAGACCGAAGCCCUCUAUGAAGCUGAGAGAGAGGACUCGGAGGAAUAUUCACCACCGGAUGCCAACGCCUUCAGCGGUGCCGAUGGCGAUGCAGAUGCCAUGGAUCUAGACGAUGACAGCAGUGAAUUCGUGCCGCAAGACGCUCACAUCCCAUCACCUCAAGCACCGAUUGUCACCAAUCGCCUCACCCAACUAGCCGCUCCUCAGCCUGCUCGAGUCUCGCCUCUCGCCCUGACCAAGCCCCCUGGCCUUGACCAUUUUCAGACAAGCUAUCCUUCUGUAACCAACAAUCAGCUACCUGCCUCACCUCACGCCUAUCAAUCGUCCAGCGCCUACCGUCAGCAGUUUGAGUCCGAUGACUCGACCACCUCGCCUCGCAACUCGACUCAGACCAGUCCGGCUGGGGCUUUUAAGAAACAGAGAGGAAAGGGCAAGAAGAGGAAGCGUGAAGCCGACAUUCAAGCUUUGAAGGCUCGUAAAAACCGGCCCAAACACGUUGCUCCAUCGCCUGAGCCUUAUAUCAAGCCCGAGCCCAUAUCACCCCCACCAUUCGCUGCGCCUGCUACUCUGCAACCUGUACGCACUCGCCCCUACCAGCUCCCGCCAGACGUCGAGAUUGUCUCGGGCCCCAGGCCAUCUUACUAUCAAGAGUCCGCGCCUCCGAGCAUGCACUACGCCAUAGAUGGCGUACCCUCUCCCAACGGCAUGAGGGUCUCAUCGCCAGGUGUAUAUGCCAGACCUAGAAGAGACGAUCAGGAUCUGCGCCGUGUCGCCAGCCUCCACACUGCGCAUCGCCCUGCCUCGCCCAUGCUCAGAAUGUCGUCCCCGGCCAACUUCCGCACUGUAUCGCAACCUUUCCCUCAAGGAGCCUCGAGAUAUGGUGAGGAAGUCUUGAGAACUCCACAGGUGCAGUACAUGCGAUCUGAGAGAUCGGUGACGCCACCCCACCUAAGGGCGGCCAGAGAGGGUCAUGCGACCAUCAUGGCACCUCCCCCACCACCGCCUGUACGAAGAAUUGUCAUGGAUCAGUAUGGCAACAGAUACUAUGCGAACGACGCCGAGGCACCCUCGAGAAUGUCGGUUGCACCCCAGCUUCGCCCAGAGGCUGAGAUGAUGUACGAACGUGCACCGAGUAGACAGUCUGUUGUGUACGCGAGCCAGCCCUCACAUGUAUACGAGGACGAGCACGGGCUGAGAAUGCCGCCUCCGCCUCCGCCAGUACGACGCGUGAUGGAACAGACAGAAGGCGGACCUACCGACUAUCGCGCUUACAGACAACGAGAAUAUUCUCGGGCUCCCGAGGCACAAUACUACAGGGAUGAAGCAGCUGGGCCUGUUUACAUUAGGGAGGCCCCAGGACCGAGAGCGUCAGUCUACCCACCUGAAGCCAACGCAGGCGGGGCGUAUGCUCCGAGGGGCUACAGUGUGCAUCCAGAGAUGGAGGCGGCUCGAUACAUGUCGAGGCAAGCUAGUAUGGCACCACAAGCAGACUAUGUUCGAGUUGCAGAGACAGGAGGGCGUGCACCCACAAUGGCACCCCCUGCAGCACCGAUGAGGGCUGUCAGCGUCGUGCCAGGCAGCGAGUACGGUCGGCCGGUGGAGAUGAGGUAUAGCUACGGGAGUCAAGGUGCAGGUUCAUAUGCAGGAGCGGGCCAGGGCUACGGUGAAGAAGGUUUGGCAGCGCCGAGGGAGAUAUAUGUAGAUCAGUACGGCAGAGAGGUGCGCAGAGUAGGUUACUGAGCGGAACGAGCGAGGCAAGGUGGAGGAGGAGGC